AUGGCGUCUGCCCCCAGUCAAGCUGCCAAUACCGGCAUGGAACCGAAUCAGUCAAAGCAGACUGCUGAGCUCAGAGGUGAAGCUGGCCCUGAGGCCCCAGCUGUAGGAGACGCUUUUGGCCCUUACAAUCCUAGAGUUGAGGAUGAAGUCAAGGCCACAAAUGUUGUGGAAUGGUGUCACAGCCAGGUGGUGGCCCCAGCAGAUUGGCCAGACAAGAAAAAUAAGCCACCCUGGGUGAUUCCUGAAAUAAACCCACGGCUGGGGCCAUCCAAGGAUCAAGCCCCUGAUCCAAGGUAUUGGCCAAGCAUGAAACGAGAGUAUCCAAAUCCUGUCCAGGCAAGCAGAGGCGAGAACGCGCUGGUGCCCAACCACUUUCACCUUGCAGGCAAAGUAGUGUACUUUGUCUACUGGCCAUUCUUCUUUGGAGAGCUGGUUCCUAUUAUCAGAUGCCCCAAGUGCGGCAAGGUUGACAAGGUCACAUCUGACGGAUGGACAGGUGUCUCCGACAAGAUCCGCCGCGUCUGUGCAGCAGAUGGUCCUGCGUUCAUCUAUAGCAAGGUUUAUAGGUGUGGGAAAGGCAAGAAAGAGGGUGAGGGUUGCCCAGCCAAUGGUGGCAAGCCCUACCAGUUCCGCUCCCAUGACGAGGGGGUUUUGAGUCAAUUGCCUGCCGCGGUCCUCGAGCAGCUUCCAAUCAUCUUCACCCGCGGCGGUGCGAUUGAGCGCAGCCUUUUAGACACCAUGGUUCGGAACGUGGCAACGGGUGCGUCUGUUGCUGACCAGCAGAAGAUGGUGAAGGAAGCGCAUAUGCGCACCUUCGCCCAGCAUAAGAACACCUACUAUCAGUAUGCAGCAGCAAGAGUGAAGCUUCGGCAAGAGAAGGCUGGAGCGCGUCUCUUUCCAGGGCUCUCCCAGCAGCAGUCCUCUCCUCCAGCUGAUUUUGGAGAGUACGAUGACAAGGAUGGGUAUCGGGGUUGGAUCCCCUCCACCUCAUGGGUCUCAGGAGUCAUUCUUGCAUCCUUGAACUCCCGCUUGGAGUUCCUAUGCCGCCACCUGGCUGCUGUCGACGGCUCGUUCUGGAGGGGGGACCACACCUUUCAAGCUCCAUCACGGAUCCGCUCUGGCGAUGGACGCAAGGAUUAUGCGGCUGUCUAUUCUAUUAUGAACGAGUGGUCACAGAUUGUGGGGCAACGGGCAGUAGGCGACACUUCCUUUGAAGAAUAUGAGUCCGGUCUCGCAGGCGUCUUGAAGCGCUAUGAAGAUUUGGGCUAUCAGCUGCCAACAUUCAUGUGGGUCGACAAUUCGCGGACUGUAGGAGCUCAGCUCUCCAACGCCAUUCCCAGCUUGUCUCGGGUUCUGGAAGAUGCUACACAUGUCCUCCGGCGUAUUUUUGAGCUCAUUCCCGAUGCCCAUUCGUGCAAAGCCGACUUCUGCCGUGACUACGCUGCGGCCAUGUUCAAGGUGCACCACCCUGACAAGCAGGCGCUGAGAGCAUUUCUUUUGGCGGGAGGUCCGGGGAAGCGCAAGUGGACAAAAGCAGAGGUGGAUGCAAAGCCUGCUAGCUAUUGGCGUGCGCGGUGCAGGCACACCAUUCCCCAACCAGAGGAGCUUGUGGCGGGUGUGGAAGCCGUCAUGAGCAAGUAUGGGCCAGCUUUUUGUGCUGUCAAUGGAGACCCCCUCAUCACCGAGGAAGUUCGAGCGGCUCAUGAGCGUCAGGUGCAGCUCAUGCGAGAAGGAGCUCUUAGUGGAGGCAACUACUCCCCCGAGCUAGCCGGGGCCCUCAUCGCACUUUUCAACUACCGUUGGAACUACGAGUGCGCAGUCCGCAGCAAGGGUGCGAAGGAUUGGGGAAUGUUUGAUCACUGGCUGCUAGACUCGGAAAUGCAGGUGGUCUGCGCUGCGAUGGGCUGGCCAAACCCCUGCCCCGAGUGGCAGCGAGCGCCCCCCACACAAGAGCAAUUUGGGGUCCAUGCUGCAAGUGCAGCCAUGCAAGCAGCUGCAACAUAUGAGGGGGAUGGGGAGCAAGAACCUGAGGUACUGGACGAAGAAGCCGCUGUGCUUGAGGGUAUUUUGGAGAAGCAGCUUCAAAGGCAAGCGCAGACUGCAGACGGCGUGCGCUCUUUUGUUGCAGCGGCUGCCCCCCUGCAAGGCAGGCCGAUCCUGCCCCCUGCGGCGCCUUCCUGGUCCCAUGGGGUGCGCAGCGCGAUGCCCACUGCUCCCAUGGGCCCUCAUCAUGGCCAGCAAUUCCAGCACCCCGGGCCGUCUAGCGGGGUAACCUUUGACCCUCCGCCCCCCCCUAAGUACAGCCAGCCCUUCCUGCCCCCUCGAACGGUUGGCAUGCCGCCUGCCGUGGCUCCCAUUGUCCCUCACCAGCACGGCCAGCCACCCCAGCCUGUUGCAUCGGCUGGCCACACUCAUCAGUGGCAGCCAUCGGCUGCAGUGGGGCCCGGCCCCCAACACCAGUCGACUCCCGCACUAGGGGAGCAUGCCCGCACUUUCCGACGGGAAAAGCUCGCGUUGAAGAGAAAGAGGACGACAGACUCGAAAGACCUCUGUGCAUCGCUUCAGCCUUCGAGCCAUCGUUCUCUUGAGCAGAGUCACUCGGGGGGCCUCUCCUAUGUCGGCUAA